UUUGCAAUCGUUAGUUAUCUGUACCGCUCGGACAAGAAUCGUCGACAAAGGGCUAAGACAUUGUCGGCCCUCUCUCUGGCAUCACUCGCCUCCUCAACUGAUCCCUUGAUCUCUAAAUAUCUCGACGUUACCGAAAUGACUAAAACAAAGGAUAAGAUGGUUCCUAAUUUAUCGGAUAAUCUAAGAUUUAAUGGCGAGCCCAUCACCACUACAUGUAUGUUCAAUAAGCCAUCGAAAGGGAGGCGACAAUCGUUGCUAAAGAGAUUCCUCAAAAUCAAGUGUCCCAACGAUUUGGCUGAAUAUAUAGACAGAAAAUCUCGUGUUUUAUUCCCCUUAUGUUUCCUUCUCUUUAAUAUAAUCUAUUGGACG